AUGCAGAAGGAGGGCAAACCCAGGUUUCUAAAACAUCAUAGCAACAGUGUCCGGGGAGUAGCGUUUAGUCCUCGAGACCGUUAUCUAUUCUGCUCUGGUGCUUACGAUGGUAAGGUCAAUCUCUAUUCCUCGUUACGUAUGGAAUUACUUAUGUCAUAUUCUAUUACCACAAUGGCUGUUGCAAAAAAUGUAAAUGCAGUUAGAUUCACAUCUGAUGGUUCCAGGAUUUUAGCGUGUACAACAUCUCGGAGGCUUUCAGUUGUUGAUGUUGAACGAGGAGAACAACUAUUAGCUUAUGAUAAUUGUGCAGCAAGUGGGAGAGAUAGAACUGGUCUAGCUACUGAUCCUACAUCACCUAACAUUGCGGUAUCUGUAGCGGUAAAUGGCAAAGGUCUUACGUUAUUAGAUCUUCGAAUGCCUUUACCUCUAGAUUAUGUGUAUGAUCUACAUUCUAGUACUAUUCGUGAUAUAGUUUUUCUAGAAUCAUCAUGGCCCUGGGCAACUAGUAACGGACUUCUCAGUACUAUUGUCACUGCAGGUUCAGAUGGUUGCUGUAAAGUGUGUACAAUGGAUGGCCGAAUAUUGCACACAUUUUAUUCCGGGCGUCAUCUGAACACUGUUUGUCCAACACCAGAACCUUUUCAAGGAUUUUUGUCCAAUGGAUUUUAUAGUGUAAUUAUGAGCGGGGGCGAUAAAAUUACGUCAUAUGUCCCUAAUUUGGGUAUUCAAGAGAGCUUCUGCGAAAACCGUGAUAAACCGAUUUGGAAAGUCAGAUACACAUCAAAUGGUAGCUUUCUAUAUUCUGUAUGUGAAGGUGGUGUUGUUAGAAAAUACCGAAGAUAUCCAGAUAGACACGAGUACCUCGGAGAAGUCUAUACCCAUAAAGGAGAUAUACAAGACUUGGAUAUAUCUCCUUAUGAUGAAUACCUUAUUACAGCAUCCAAGGACCGAACAGUGGGAGUACUACGUCUGGGAGCUCCUAGUCAUGGGUGGACAGACUAUGGCGAACUAACGUGA